AUGGAUCUCGUGUCCUCUGCUGCAAUCCUUGCUCUCCUUCUAGAGCGUUCCCCUGACUGCCCGAUCCCGGCUGCUGUAGUGCACGACUUCUAUAACGCCACCGAGAAGCUCAACAACCCAGAGCUUGCCGAGGCUGUCUACAGUGCAUCGCGAACUGCCCGGGAGCGUGGGGGCCAAUCCCUGCCACCGCCGAGAGGCAACACCCUCAUGUGGUUCGUGAGCCACCUGGUGAACCGCAGCAAAAACGUACACACUGCGCGCGAGCUGGCGACGCAGCUCGUCGAAGACAAGGUCGCGAUCCCGCUUGCCCACUGUGGGCGCAUCAUCGCGCUCUUUGCCGUGCAGGGCUUCGCGUCGCAAGCGCGUGCACUAUGGGAGCGCUAUGCGGACAGCGCAGAUGCGACGGAGCGGCGGUACGUCGUGGGGCACUCGGCGGCGAUGCUCCGCCUGGUGAGCCUCUUUACCAACCUGAGCAAAUGGGCGCACUCACGCGCACCAGCUCCGGGCUCCGCCGCAGCGAUCAGCGAGGGCGUGUCAGUCAGCAAGAACGUGCAGGAGAAGGACAAGACUGAGAACGACUUCUGGGCGUUUGCCGAGCGGGUGUACGACGCCUUCCGCGAGACGCGGCAGCCGCUGCGGCGCGCGCACCACUUUGACGUGAACGCGCUGGCGCGUGCGAGCUUUAUCCUCGGGCGCGUCACGCCCGGGCUUGCCGCGCUGCGCCUGCUGCUCGCGCGGCGGAGCGCGCCGGACCUGCACGACGUGAACGUCGCGCUGACGCUGCUCGCGGAGCACGCGCCGCAUGCCGCCGCGCGUCUCGUGGUGGGCAUGGCGCGACGGGGACUGCGUGCGGACGCGGCAUCGUUUGGGACCGUGAUCCACCACGCGGCGGUGCACGGGGACGGCGCGCUUGUGGGUGCGCUGAUCAGGCGCGCGCGGGCGGUGGGCGUGCCGCUGUCGUACAAGACGCUGGGCACGCUGCUGCGGCGCGUGUUUGAGGAGGGCGGGGAGGGCGAGACGCGCGAGGCGGCGUGCGGGCGGCUCAGGCGCGUGCUUGCGCUUGUGGACGCGCUCGUGGGCGUGCGACAGGUGCCCUCGCCGGAGAUGGGGCGGGACUGUGUGGUGGUGGCGCUGCGGGCGGACAACGCGCGGGCGGCGUUCGGGUUCUGGCGGCUGAUGGUGGACGGGAAGGCGGAGUGGGGGGACACGGCGCAGGUGCAGCUGCGGCGGGCGAUCGCGGGGAAGGUGCGGCGGGAGUGGGGGGCGGGGCUGCUGCAAGGGCCGGGUGCGCGGGCUAUGCUGCGGAUGCUGGGAGAGCGAGUGGCGGCGGGCGCGACCCCGACGGGCGAAGGGGGCGGGAGAAGAGAUGGGGGCUGA